GGUCGUGGUCGCCCGUUCCUGCUUUCCCUUCCUUCCUCCCCGUGGUCUCGGUGCGGUCUCCGCGUCCCGGGUGGGGUGGAGGGGAGAACGGCGGUAGCCAGGCGGCGAGGGAGGAGCUCGCUCCGGGCACCGGGGUUCACGCCGGGGCCCCCCGCUUCGUCCCCUGGGCCUCACCGGCCUCCGCGGUGGGGUGGGUAGGCCGCUGCCCCCCCCCCGGUUGGGGUCCUGCCCGGUGUGUUCCCCUCACUCAGGGCCUGGUCCUUCCCCCCCCCCAGUUCCCCUCAGGGCCGGGGUCGUCGUGUCCCCCCGUGUCCCCCCUCCCCGGGGUCAGUGGCCCUGGGGUCCUGCUGAAGUCCCAUGUGUGUCCCCCCGCCCCACAAGGAGGUGAAGAAGGUGAGGGACACCCAGGUACCAUUGCCCGGCGCUGCUCUCCGUGGGCUCUUUUCAGCGGCUCGUUUCAGGCAUCUGCUGUGGGAGCUGCUGCAGAAAAGAAACCCAAAACACAGCUGUCCUUGGAGUUGAGAGAUCUGUUUCCUCAUGCGAGCCUGACUGCCAUGCGUGGACAUUGAUGCUUUUGAGUACAGCUGUUUAAAAUGGCAGAGAGAGGUGGAAAUGAAGAAGUAAUUAACUUGAACAGCUUCCGUAGUCACAGAGGGAAAGACUGGAUAAACCGCAGGGACGAAGGUCUUAUCAUGAUAUCAGAUUCCUCAGACGAAGAAUUACCUUUGUUGCUGGAAAUGCCAGCAGAGCAGCAGCGUGAGGAAGAUGACGAUGAUGUAGUCAUCUUGGCAGAGACCCCAAAGCAUCAGCAGCUUCUGCGUCCCAAUGUCAUCAGACCUGCUGCUCAAUGGCAGGGUGCAAACACUGUGGGAGAAGGAGGAUCUAAAAGUGCUGUCGAGCCCUUGAGGAGCACAUAUCUGCAAGAUGAGAUCUCAACUCCGCUGUGCCAGGGAGACCAGAAUAAUCACAUGGUGGAAAGCAGUGCUGGACCGAGCAGGGAUGAGAAUAUGAACUUUGCCUUGCAGCAGCCCGGACCAUCUGAGCUUAAUGGCCCCAGGUUUGAACUUAGAAGUAACGAGGAGCCUGGCCCAAGUUUGCUUCCAGCAAUAAAGACGAGUCCACAGCCUGCUGUUAACAGAGAAAUCAUUAGUCUGGAGAAUGCGGACCUUCCACCACAACAGGAAGAAAAGGUAGAAGCCCAGGGAUGGCAAGGACAGGACUUGGAGCCAGAGCAAAACCUCGGAGGAACAGCUGUUGCACCUACCGCAGACCAGGAGAUCCACAAAAACAGCCAGCUGGAUCACCCAUACUUCCAGACGUUGGAAGAUGAGCCACAUGCUGUGGUAAAUGGUUGUGCUCCUCAGCAAGGGCAGCCUGAAGCAGACCCAGGAUCUUUGAGGGCAUAUGGAGAGGAGGCUCCUGGGCCAGCCUUCCCCCGACCUGAACCACAGCAGGAUGGGAUUCCAGGUCCUGCUUCACCCCAGCCAGCGCAUCCACCAGAAGAAACGGGUCAGCUGGCAGCUAUAGACAAUGAACAGCCAGGUCCAGCAUUCCCUGCACAGGGCUCUCACGAAGUUGGCUCUGGUAAUGUGCCAGAACAAGGAGCUGCUGGGCAGGACCAAGACCCCACUGCACUGCUCAUCAGAGAGACAGAAGCAAGAUUCCCAGAUGUGAAGAAGGAAUAUAUUGAAGAGCUAAUCAGUAUCAAGAACUGCUAUGACUUAAAUGUACUUUGUAACUUUCUUCUGGAAAAUCCAGAUUACCCAAAGAAGGAAGGCAGAGUGGUUUUAAAUCCCAGCAGCAGCCUGCUCGCCAGCCAAGAUGAGACAAAGGUGCCUAAAGUGGACUACUUCGACUUUUCCAAACUUGCCCCACUUGAUCAGCGGUGCUUUAUUCAGGCAGCUGACCUCCUUAUGGCAGACUUCAAAAUGCUGAGCAGCCAAGACAUUAAGUGGGCACUACAUGAACUCAAGGGACACUAUGCAAUCACGCGAAAGGCCUUUUCAGAUGCUAUCAAAAAAUGGCAGGAGCUGUCUCCCGAAACCAGCGGGAAACGAAAAAGGAGGAAAGAAAUGAAUCAGUAUUCAUAUAUAGACUUCAAAUUUGAGCAAGGGGAUGUGAAAAUUGAGAAGCGCAUGUUCUUCCUGGAGAAUAAGAGACGGCACUGGAGGUCCUACGACAAGCUCUCUCUUCUCCCACCGGUGCUACUGGAGCAGGAAUUCUAUGAGCAGAAAGUUAAAGAGAUGGCAGAGCAUGCAGACUUUCUCCUUGCUCUGCAGAUGAAUGAGGAGCAGUAUCAGAAGGAUGGUCAGAUGAUAGAAUGCCGCUGCUGUUAUGGGGAGUUUGCGUUUGAAGAGCUAACUCAGUGUGCCGAUGGUCACUUGUUCUGCAAGGAGUGCCUAAUUAAAUAUGCUCAGGAGGCAGUCUUUGGUUCUGGGAAGUCAGAGCUCAGCUGCAUGGAAGGCAGUUGCACGUGUUCAUUCCCCACCAGCGAGCUGGAGAAAGUGCUUCCAGAGAACAUCCUCUGUAAAUACUAUGAGCGGAAAGCUGAGGAGGAGGUGGCUGCUGCCUGUGCAGAUGAGCUUGUCAGGUGUCCAUUCUGUAACUUCCCAGCUCUACUGGACAGCGAUGUGAAGCGGUUCAGCUGCCCUAAUCCCCGCUGCAGAAAGGAAACGUGUCGGAAAUGCCAGGGGCUGUGGAAGGAGCACAUGAACCUCACCUGCGAGCAGCUGGCUGAGAAGGAUGACAUCAGAUACAGGACGUCCAUAGAAGAGAAAAUGACAGCCGCCCGAAUUAGAAAAUGCCACAAGUGUGGGACUGGCCUAAUUAAAUCGGAGGGUUGCAACCGCAUGUCCUGCCGUUGCGGUGCUCAGAUGUGCUACCUCUGCCGGGCUGCCAUUAACGGGUACGACCACUUCUGCCAACACCCCCGGUCGCCCGGGGCUCCCUGCCAGGACUGUGCAAAGUGCUCUCUCUGGACAGAUCCCACAGAAGAUGAUGAGAAGAUAAUCCAGGAGAUUCAGAAAGAGGCUGAAGAGGAGCAAAGGAAGAAGAACGGAGAGAACAGCUUCAAGCGGAUUGGCCCUCCUGCGGAAAAGCCCAUGGAGAAAAUCCAGAGAAUUGAAGUCAUCCCCAGACCUGUUCCUCAGAACCUCCAUCAACCCCGGAUGCCCCCUUAUCCCUUUGUGCACCCUCCCUUCCCGCUCCCUCCUGUCCGUCCCAUGUACAAUAACAUCCCCCUCAACAUCGGCCCUAUCCCUGCCCCCUACGUCCCCCCGUUACCUAACAUGAGGGUGAACUAUGAUUUUCCCCAGAUCAAUGUUCAGCUGGAGCACAACUUGCCUAUGCACUUUGGCCCUCAGCCUCGACACCGGUUCUGACCUGGUUCCUACAGCACUUGGCAGAGAGUCACUGCAGGGCAGAGCUACCCCAGUAACGUCACCCCCCCGUCCUGCUCCAGCCCCUCUCGGUUUAGCCAGCUGCGAGGGGACCUGCUGUGACUCGCGCGUAACCUGCGCUGCACUCCUCUCUAGAGCUUCUCUGAACCUUUGCGAUCAAACAUUUCAACCCAACAGGGCUUGGUGCUGCAUUUCCAAGGGGUCUCUCCCUAUGUUGGGCAUCCAGGUAUUUUGAUUUGACAAAGCCUGUUCAGGCAGCUAUUGGGAGGGAAAGUGAGGCUUUGUGGAGUGCAGGGAUGCAGCCGUUCCUUGGGGACUUUCCAAAAGUCCUACCUUCCUGCCGGCCAGAGCAGCUGCCGCAGAGUCAAAUGAGUCUUGGGGCAAGGGAAGAGAGACUUGGCCUCUGAGUAAGACCUUCAGGAGCAAGAUAACCGGAGUCGGCCGCCCUAGCCUUCUGCCUGCGGAGAGGCAUGAGGCUGGGCUUCCCAUGUUCCCCAGCAUCCCUGUAACCUGCUAGCACCUCCCAGCAGAAAUAAAUUGUUCAAAAUCAAAUCAAUCUAGUGUUUUUAGCAUUUCUCGCUCUCCAAGUGGAGUGAGGGGAUGUAGCAGCCACCUCGUUGCUGAGAUCUUGCUAGGAAGCCCGGAGCUGCGUUCUGUCUCAGGGCUUUAGCAAGUAGCAGAAGAUUCGGGCACCCUGAUCUUUGGCUGAACUGAACUUGCCCCCUUUGAAGGGCUCAGGUUUUUUUCCCCCAGAGGUGGGUGCCUCUUAGCUUCCAAAAUGUGGCCUUUGCUUUGCCGUUCUCAUCUCAAUCUCCCCCUGCUUUUGGCAGCAGUCCCCAAACAGCUGGUAGAAGCACCCAGAGCCUAAGCUGCACCCUUCGUUGCAGAAACUACUUGGGCAAAUACCCAGUUAGAUGUGUAGACAGUGGUGUGUGAUGUGUGCUGUGGCAGAAAAAUUAGGAACUACCCCUGUAGUCGUGCGUGCAGGCGGCGGUGAGCCGGGAGCCCCCUUAGCUGAACCCCCUGCAACCGAAUGGGCAGCCAUAGCCUUGUGCUGCAGGAAGCUGGCAGCUUCUGUGGCGCUUAAUAACUUCUGAAGAUGUGUGUUUCAGUUUAAUUGGCUUUGGAAAAGCGUGUUAAAAGGCAAACGUUGAGUAUUGCUGGGCUUAGGAAGCGAGGGUUUAGGAAAAGCAAAACUUCCUUGUAAGAAGCGGAGGGUGUAGUCGCUGGGCUGCGGGAGGAGCGUUGGCACAAAGCCCUUUCCCCACAGCCCUUGGCUGUACUGUCUGGUACAGGCCCCCUCUAGAAAAGAAAAUGGUUGGAAUGGA